AUGUGCGACUGGGAAGAGUUCAUCUUUGGAUGCUCCUGCUCCUACACGAAGCGGAAGAACUACUGCCACUUCGCCCGCAACGACCCCAACCACCAGUGCUUCGGCGUCCAGGUCCUCAAGAAGGUCUGGGACGUGCCUGAGAUUUGCGACAAGUGCAGCCAGAGAAAUAACAGGACGUCUACGCGAUCGUACCAGCCCUAUGGACAGGACCCCAGUGAGUGA